UCAGAAGGCUCUCUUUGACUUAGAUUUGCCGUUUUGUCUGGAUAUUUCUUGAAUUCGUCAUACUUUCUGCUGCGUCAGUGACGCUGAACCGCGAUGACUGCGACGAUACAUGGUCGUUCUGUGUACGUGGGAUUGGAAAGAGCGAGAUUCGCUUUGUAAACUCAUCGAUUUUAAGUCUAAAUUAGUAGGACGCGUUUACGCGUCACGUGAAAGUGCGCUCAAUUGUCACGUGUUAUCUGUAACACAAGCGUAUUACGGAGGAACGUCGCGCGUUAUCGGGACCGCGUCGUUCGCUCGAGUAAACAUUGCAAUCUCGGGAACGUUUUUCCGAUACGUCACAAGGAGCAUCACGUUAUCUCAGCAUCGUGGAUAAAAUCGUAAGCACACGUAAAAACAGUCGGCAUAACAUUAAUGUUGCUCCGCAUUUGUAAAUAAUGUUUAUGCAAAUAUUGUUUUACACGAAAGAUUAUGCAUCAGGGUCGCUAUAAAUCGAAUCGUUCGUUUUACGACUGGCGACAUAACGUUGUUGCCAGUACGCGCCCAGCAAGUGCUGCCGCCGUGCGAUCAGUCAGUCUACUCGCGAGCAAUUAGCGGUCGGUAACCAGGGAACCUGACGUACCGACGUGCGUGAGAUAAAUUGGUAAAAAAGAUAUAAAUUUAUAUUGUAGGUUUUUUCCAAUUUAUAUUCUAGGCCUUUAUCGAUCUUUAAUUCGCGUGAUUACGCUGCACGAGACGAGACGAGACGUUUGUUGGCAACUGGAACGAAAUCAAAUAGGGCGAGAACCCAGGGGAUUUGCGAGGGCCGGAAGCGCUCUCCUACCAGCCCAACCCCGAUGACAUUUACCCAACUAUAGCCGCUUAGCGAUGGCAUCGUGAUCCCCGAUUUGACUUCCGUGGGUCUCGAGACCUUUCGCCGCCGUUACCUUUCCCAUUUAGCGUUACGUCGAGGGUGGCAAUUACCGUGGCAUACGUGCACGAACAGCCACUACCACCAUCGCCACCCACCCACCCACACAAAAGGGCGGCGAGUGUGCGUGUGUGAAACCAGUGUGAAAAUCGAAGACUCCCAGGCAACCAAAAUCGACACGCGCGCGCGCGCGCGCGAAGAACGAGAAAUGGUCGCCAAAAAUAAGCGACGCUUGACAGCCGUUGACGUAAAAGUCGAUGGUAACAUAAAGGCCCGCGUACGUUCGCGCCACUGUGUUGCGACCGGAAGUCCGCGGAUGAGCCUAAUCGAAAUCCGAUUUGAUGGGGCCUCGAUAAGGGCGAGUCUUAUCUCUGAGGGGGAACCGGGAUCUUAAUGUGUGCACGUCAGUGAUCUCGAUAAGUGAUCUUGAUCUCAUUAUGGAGCAGGCUCACGAUGCGAAGCAGCAAAUCGCCACGAGUCCCGAGGACACGGAGGACAUGCCCGCAGGUCAGCAGGGCCCGCAGGUACCGCGGCGACGGGGCGGAAUCUCGGCGGAGCCGGUCUCCGAGGAGGACGCUACCAGCUACGUGAAGAAGGUCGUACCUAAGGACUACAAAACCAUGGCUGCCCUGAGCAAGGCCAUCGCCAAGAAUGUGCUGUUCGCGCACCUCGACGAGAACGAGCGCUCCGACAUAUUCGACGCGAUGUUUCCCGUGACUUUCCUGCCCGGCGAGGCGAUCAUUCGUCAAGGCGACGAGGGUGACAAUUUCUACGUGAUCGACCAGGGCGAAGUCGAAAUCUUCGUCAACGGCGAGCUGGCGACGACAAUCGGCGAGGGUGGCAGCUUCGGCGAGCUGGCGUUGAUCUACGGGACUCCGCGCGCCGCGACAGUCAGAGCGAAGACCGACGUGAAGCUCUGGGGCAUCGACAGGGACUCCUACCGUAGAAUUCUCAUGGGCUCCACCAUAAGAAAACGGAAAAUGUACGAGGAAUUUCUCUCCAGAGUCUCGAUUUUGGAAUCCCUGGAUAAAUGGGAAAGACUCACGGUGGCAGACGCUUUGGAACCGGUAGCGUUCGACGACGGCGAGACGAUAGUCCGACAGGGCGAGCCGGGCGAAGACUUUUAUAUAAUCGUCGAAGGAACGGCGGUGGUCCUUCAGCAACGUUCGGAAGGGGAUGAACCCGCGGAGGUCGGCCGUUUAGGACCAUCCGAUUACUUCGGUGAAAUCGCGCUACUGUUGGACAGGCCCCGAGCGGCGACCGUGGUGGCCAGGGGCCCGUUGAAGUGUGUAAAAUUGGAUCGGGCACGGUUCGAGCGGGUCUUAGGCCCGUGCGCCGACAUCUUGAAACGCAACAUCACCCAGUAUAACAGCUUCGUGUCCCUCUCCGUCUAAACGGGACGACUCCCCUCGUCCUCUUCCUCUCCAUUCGCUGUCCUGUCAUCGCGCUCAGCGCUGCCGAUCAUCCCCCAAUCUUCGUUUCCGCCAGGGAUUACGUUACUUCGCCGUAUCAUAGUUAACACUUCUUUUUUUUAUUUGAUUAAUAUUUAAGUGAAUUAAUGUAUUACGUCAGCUACCAAAAUCAGAUACGUGUACGUAACAUAUACAUACAUGCAUACAUACACACAGUAUCGUUAGAGAGACGCUGUUAAUAUACUUACCGUAAGGCUAUUUACGCACUGUGUAGCUCGCGACUCGGUGCUGACGCGCACGCAAAUUCAUAUUGACGUUGAUCUCUUCCGCGCGAUCUGUUCCUAUCCGUGUGAGAUUGUCACGUGCACGAGAAACUAUUAUUAAUCCGUUAACGCCCGGGCUCUGUCAGUCUCUGAAUGGAGACCCGUGAAACUAUGAAGCAUUCGAGGCAUCAGAAUGGAAAUUUAGAUCGACCUUGAUUGAUUGUACAAAACGACAACGGACGCAAGAACUUGGAAUGUUCCAACGAGAGAGAGAGUUCAGGCGUUAACGAAUUGAUGCGAUUAACGUAAUGUGCGUGUUGAGUAUAUUGUAAAGCAGAAACUGAUGAUACACGAAAUGGUUCGUCACCGUGUUCAAGCUUGGAGCGACAUUUCUGCGUCGAAGAAGACACACCGGUAUCUAUUCUUAAUCGGCGAGAACGAGAGACGGAUGUGCGCUCGCAUUGUUAACAGAGAAGAUACAGACUCGUAUCGGAAACGUGUUAAAUUAUCUGAGCCGUUAAGGCUUCUAUGACGUCAGAAUCGAAAAAUUGUACAAAAAUUGCUCCCAUUUAUAUUUGAUAGAACGAACGGGACGCGAUCCAUCGAUUGAGGCUCAUAAUUAUCUACUGAUUUAUCGAAGCGAAAUGAAUAAACCGCGAUGCUCGUUCUAAAAGCGUUAUUCUGUCAAAUGUGAAUCGUGGCGUGUAGAAGAAGUAUUCCUUGCAACUGCAAAUAUGUAAAUCAAGUGUACGAGUUCUCGUUUUUGAUGUCGCGACCGGAUGAGUGCGAUGACGAGUCUCGAAUCUUAAAUAUCACUCAAGAGAACCGGCAUCACAUGUGGCGUUUUCUCGUUUACUGUUAUAUAUAUAUAUAUUUUUUAAAUGUUUCUAUGUUGUCUCGUGAACUGUUAAAUUAUUUAACAUUUAAAUUAUUUUAUCGACCAAUAUAUAGCGAAUCGGUUACACAAUUAGCAACGACGGCUGCGAGAUAUAAUGUCGGCCGCGAUUCGCGAUCUGCAAACGCGGGGAAACGCUGUUUCGGCCGAAGUAUUCAUUUUACCGGCGAGAAGACAUCGUCGAAAGCGAAGUCGAGGCGCAACGAGUCGCAAUCUAUGUCUCCUGUAAAAGUGCGCUAGAUUUAGUACGAUGCGACAAAAGCGAGGUACAACGUCUGAAAAUUAAAUAAUUUAUUAUGCAC